AUGUCAGGUCCCGGUGUUGGCUUUGAGUACCCGCCUGUCAAGGUUACGUGGCUGCAGCGCGAUGUCCUCCUCUUCGCCAAUACCAUCGGCGCUACGGUUGACGAACUGCACUUCCUCUACGAGUUUCAUCCGAAAUUCGCCGUAUUCCCUACUUACCCCGUCAUCCUUCCCUUCAAGAAGGAUUCCCAGGAAGUAGUCGACUACUACAAGGAAAGCAAAGCUGUUCAGAUUCCCGGUGUCCCCAAGCUCGACUACACACGCGUUGUUGACGGCCAGCGGAAGAUUGAAUUCCUAAAGCCCCUCCCAACCACCUCCGCCGGCCGCAAUUUCGAAACCCGUCAGAAGGUCAUCGGCGUCUAUGACAAGGGUCGCCCCGGAACUGUCCUCGAGACGCAGACUGACCUCAUCGACGUGGAUUCCGGUGAGGUGCAUGCCCGCGUUACUAGCAGCGGCUUCUUCAUCGGCCAAGGUAACUGGGGAGGUCCCAAGGGUCCAGCGACGGAGAACUAUCCUCCACCGAAAGACAAGGCCCCUGAUGCUACGAUUGAGGUGCAGACUACCGCAGAGUCGGCGAUGUUGUACAGGUUGAAUGGAGAUUACAACCCGCUGCAUGCUGAUCCUGAGCCUGGGAAGAAGAUGGGUUUCGGAGGAACAAUUAUGCAUGGGCUUUAUUCGUGGAAUUCGACAGCUCAUUCGCUCUUGAAGGAGCUGGGCGGUGGGGACCCUUCCAACAUUAAGGAGUAUCAGGCGAGGUUUGCUAGUCCUGUGAGGCCGGGUGACAAGCUGGUUACGCAUGCUUGGGUUAUGGGGGUCAACCAGGACGGUUGGUCCGAGGUGAGAUUUGCUACGCAAGUUGCCGGUGGCAAGGUUGUUUUGAGUAAUGGAUUGGCUUUAAUCAAGGUUACAGGUCAGGAUAAGAGUAAACUGUGA